ACAAAAUCUAUUACUUAAUAAUAAAUAAACCAAUAAUAAUUUAGAAAACCAAAAUUGCAAGCUACGUUAAAACUUAAAACAAAUCACUUGGUAAAUUAUGAAGCAAACUCUCUCUCUCUCUCUCUCUCUCUCUCUCUCUCUCUCUUAAUUUCACACGUACAAACCCACACACACGUGUGAGUGAUGUUACCUGAAAGCUCCCUCUCAACUUCACCCUUCUCCAAUCUCCAUCAUUAUUUAUUAUUACUCAUACUCCAAUAUAUUUUUUUAAAAUAUUUUAUACAUAAUUAUAUGGAUACAUUUUAAUUCAAAUACUAAUAAUACUAAAUUUAUUAUUAAUAAUAAUAUAUGUGAUACGUUAGUGACACGAUUUUCACAUCCACCAUUAUAGUUGUUGAUUCUGUUGUGUGAUAAUUCCUUUGGUUCAAAGAUUUGGUAUAUUUUACCAACUUUAUUAUUAUUAUUAUUUAAAUUAAAAUUUGAUCAAACUACCAACAAAAAUAAAUAAAUAAAUAAAAUAAAAACCCAAUUAUAUAUAUAAUAUCCACACCAACUUUCAUGCCUAUACAUAAUACUAUUACCACUUCACCUUGAAAAAAUUUGUUAUAUUUGAUCAUUCAAAUUAAUUGUUUAAAUUCUCAGUUGGGAUUUUUUUUUUUUGGUUAAUUUCUUUUUUCGGGGCGAAUAAAUAAAGAAAUAUUUCGGCUACUUCAUGGCGAGCCAGCUAACCGCCGGAGAUCACUACGGUGGUAUACCGGCGGCGGCCGGGAAUAUUAUUCGAAAGAAGAAGCAAAAUGGGCAACGAAAGAGAGAAGAGCUUGAAAGAGAGGUUUCUGUACUUGAAACCAUGUUGAACCAAGAAGAAAGAAUGCGUGAGGUUCUUGACCAAGUCCAUAAUAAUCAACAUCACAAAGGAUCUUCCAUUACUAUCCCAAAUUUUCUUCCUCCUAAGACUAAAGAACUAUUAACAGAGUUAGCUAUGGUUGAAGGUGAGAUUUCAAGACUUGAGAGCCAAAUCAAUCAACUUAAACUUGGAGUAGUGCAACAUGAACAAGAAGUAGCAACAAAGAACAAAGAAUCGAAAUCGAAACAAUGGCGAUUCGGAUCGCCAAUUCGUUCCGUUGUCAAUCCUUCUUCUUCAUCAUCAUCCUUUACAUUUCCAAGUCCAAUGCAUAAUAGUAAUAAUAAUAAUAAUAAUACUAAUAAUAUUAAUGGUGUUGAAACCAAAACAUUACAUUUCAUAAGUAAAGCCAUAAAAGGUGAUUAUUAUAACAAUAAUAAUAAUAAUAAUGACUUUAGUCUAAACCCUAAAAGGGGAAAUAUGAAAGAGAAUAAUUACUUUCAUGAAGAAAAAGUUCCAAGAAAAAGUGGUGUAAUGUUGAAGCCAUCUUCUCCUAUGAGAGAUAUAAGAAAUCCAUCACCUAAGCCUAUGAGAAAUUUUGUGACAUCUAAUUUAGACCUUCCACCGAAGCCUGUGUCAGCACUAGUUCAAAAUUCGGAAGAGAAUAACAUUCAGAAUUGGCAACCUAAUAAGCUCUCUGAGGAAAUUAUGAAGUGUCUGAAUUUGAUAUACAUUAGGCUUCUUAGAACAACAAGAGCAAUGGAGCUAGAAAAAUCUGGCCCCAUUUCGCGGUCAUUGCAAUACUCUUCGACUUUGAGCUCGAGAAGUUUUAGGGUUGAGGCUGGCUUGAACUCAUCAUCAAAAGAAUCAAGGCAACAAGAUCCUUAUGGCAUCUUCAAUCUUGAAGAGUCUAUUCCAAGAGACAUUGGACCUUAUAAGAACUUGGUUAUUUUUACUUCAAGCUCUAUGGAUCCAAAAUGCAUCUCAAGCCCUAGUUCUGUUCCACUCUUAAGAAAAUUAAGGUUGUUAAUGAACAAUCUUCAGACAGUAAAUUUGAAGAACUUGACAUACCAUCAGAAGUUAGCAUUUUGGAUCAACAUGUACAAUGCUUGUAUAAUGCAUGGAUAUAUCCAAUAUGGAGUGCCAUCUACCCCAGAAAAAUUGCUAACAUUAAUGAAUAAGGCAAUUCUCAACAUUGGUGGAAAUAUCAUCAAUGCUCAAGCCAUUGAGCAUUAUAUUUUGAGGAAAUCAGCACCCUCAAUCAUGAAAGAGAAUGGCGAAAACGACGAUAAAGAAUCAGUCGUUCGCAAACUUUAUGGCCUCGAAACGACAGAUCCUAAUGUCACAUUUGCCCUUUGUUGCGGAACUCGUUCUUCUCCAGCUGUGAGAAUGUACACAGGUGAAAGUGUUGUGGCUGAGUUAGAAAGAUCAAAAUUAGAGUAUCUUCAAGCUUCAAUAAUAGUAACAAGCACAAAGAAGAUUGGGUUACCAGAAUUACUUGUUACAAAUAUGCUUGAUUUUGCAGUUAGUAAAGAGUUACUAGUUGAGUGGGUUUGUCACCAUUUACCAACAGCUGGCUCACUUAGAAAAUCAAUUGUUGAUUGCUUUAGAUCCAAUAAUAGUGGAAGAAUUAUUUCUACUGCUACUGUUGAAAAAAUACCCUCUGAUUUUGAGUUCCAAUAUCUAUUGGCUAUAUAAAUAUAUAAAUAUAUUUCUUAUGUAAAUUUUAUACUGAAAAAUAUCACAUCACUUCUUUUCUUGUAAAUUUCUUUUUUCCCAAUUCAUGUAAUAUGUGAAGAACAAUAUAUUGUCUAUAAAUGAAUAAUAAAAAUCAAGAAUUUUUAA